GAAUUUCGUGAAUGCUACAGUAGGAUGAUCCAUGUAGCAGCAGCCUUUUGUCUACCAUUGACCAAUUUCAUCGGUCGACCGCACCCAGCUUCAUCAUGCAGUCCCCGAUUGCAUCGCCAGUCACAGGCCACCAGCCGCCGGCCGCCUUUGAAAAAGGCUACUCUGACGCGUCGGACGUGGCGCUUGGACAGACUCGCCGCGUGUUGACCACUGCCCAAGUGGUGGCGCUUUGCUUCUUCAGCGUUUGCGGUGGUGCGAUGGGGUCGGAAGGCGUUUUUGGAGCCGGUGGCCCCGCUCUCGGGCUCAUUGCGCUGGCCAUCUUUCCGUUUGCGUGGUGCAUUCCCAUAUCGCUCAUUUUGGCCGAGCUGUGCACCAUGUAUCCUGAAAACGGCGGGUACACACUGUGGGUAUUUCACGCGUUCGGGCCGUUCUGGGGGUUUCAGGAGGGGUUCUGGGCAUGGCUGUCUGGGGCUAUCGACAACGCGCUGUAUCCGUCAUUGGCGGUCACGUGCCUCAGCAAGUACAUCCCGGAGCUGGCCGACAACACCGUGGGCACGUGGUUUCUCAAGGGGGCGUUCGCGCUGGUGUUUGCCCUUCCUAAUAUGUUCGGGGUUCAAUUGGUCGGGCGGGGAAUGGUCGUGUUGACCGCGGUCGUGACGUUGCCGUUUUUGAUCUUUUCCAUAUGGGGUUUUGCCACGGCCGACGACUGGGGCGCGCUCGGGCAGUUUCGCUACGCCGACACGGAGCUGUCCAACUCGACGGCCGACUACAUCAGCACCGGCGGCCUCGCGGUGCAAUGGGACGUGCUCAUGGGCACCAUCUUCUGGAGCUUCAACGGCUUCGCCAGUGUGUCGACGUUCGCCGGCGAAGUCGCCAACCCCAGCAAAACGUACCCCACGGCGCUCGCCAUCACGAUCGUGUUCGUCGAACUCACGUACUUGAUCCCCCUUGUGGCCGGUACCGUGUUCAACGAACCGUUGUGGCAUACAUGGACCGAGAUCAGCUUCAGCGACCUCGGCUUUGCGGUCGGCGGCAACGCCCUGCUCGCGCUCAUCACCGUCGCCACCAUGGCGAGCACGUGGGGGAUGUACAGCAGCGAGAUGUUCUGGGUGUCGUUCCAGCUCACGGGGAUGGCCGAAGCGGGCUUGGCGCCGACGGUGUUUUCCAGGCGCAGCAAGAAAUCCGACGUCCCGUACGUGUCGGUGGCGCUGUCCGGCGCGAUCAUCGUCGUCCUGAUGGGCUUGGACUUCUCCGAAGUGCUGCUCAUGGCAAAUGUCUUGUCCAGCAUGAGUCAAAUUCUGCUCAUUGCGUCUGCUAUCAAGCUGCGCGUGACGCAGCCAGACGUGCUCCGGCCGUACCGCGUGCCCGGAGGCAUGACGCUCUUGGUCGCGAUCAGCAUCCUCCCCGUUGCCGUAUGCGGGUACUUGGUGUACAGCACGUUUGCGUUGGAGUCGACCAUCACCCCCGUCGUGUUGGUGCCCACUGUGGUGGUCGUCGGGUUUGUGUAUGCGUGGCUCAUGAAGUUGACCCCGAAACAAUUCAUUGCCCCCAAACCUGCGGGCCCCUUGUUCGAGUUGGAGUAGCAUCGUGAAGCAUUUGAUAAUGAUAUAUAUUUACUAUGGACCACGCUG